AUGGGUACAUUAAUAGUUUGUUCAAUCAAUGGUUUGAAGAAGAAGCAGCACAUAGUUGGAGAUUCAAUAUGGUCUAUUCCUCCAACCAACCAUUUCUACACCAACUGGUCCUCCUCUUACUCUUUUCACACCGGCGAUUCCCUCUAUUUCGACUUCGACUCGGGGCUUUACAACGUGAUUCAAGUUCCGAGAGGAGAGUUCGACAGUUGCAUCGGAGAUCAGCCGUUGGAUGCUUUCAUGGACGGCCCGGCCACCGUCCGUUUGCCUCGAAAAGGGGUUUACUAUUUCGUAUGCAACGUCUCGAAUUAG